CCGGCGUCCCCGUUGCCAGGCUGCUAUUUCACUUCAGCGGUGGUCUCCAAAACCCCUUGUAGAAAUCUUGUGAGAUAAACAAAUCUAAAAUGGCGAAAGUUGCCAUGGACAGCAGGUCAUUUCAAACACUGCUAGAUCGCAUUAACCAGGAAACAUCAUACACAGAGAAAAAGGUUGAGAUAUUGUACAGCUCAAGAGGAUAUUUCACUGCGAACCAGGCAUCACAGAUUCUAUUAGCAUUCAAAGCACCUUCAGACAAAGUUAGAGCAAUACAGAUAUUAGAACCACGACUUUGUCGAAUGUCAUGUCAAGAAGCAAGAGAAGUUCUUAAUAUCAUAACCGUGCAGAAUGAUAAAUUAAUAGCAUUAGACUGUGUAAAAAGAGUGUUGACAGAUUAUCAAUCCAAGCUUGGAGAGGAGUAUAUUUUGAGUUCAUUUCCUUUUGAAGAUGGCAAGAUUAUGGCAUUAGGAAUUCUGAAAACAGUUGGAUCCUAUGUAGGUGAGAAAACACCAGCUGGAGGACACCAGGGUUAUGCUGCUCUUGGGGGAUUAUAUACACAAGCUAGACCAAUGUGUACUCAUUUAUAUGGACCUUUAUAUCAACAGGAGCAGAUGAUUCCAGGUCGAGGUAAAAUUGAGAUUCCUCCUGAGGCCCAACCAGGAGUGGUGCCAUCAGUUUAUACUGGCCACCCAUCCUAUGCUUACCCUCUGGACAAGAGCUAUGCUGCUGAUCGUGGUUAUCCAGGCAAUGUCCCACUCACACAGCCUGUCAUGCAACAUGAAACAUAUCCAGCAGGUGCCCCACCCCUGGGGUUCCAUACAGGGAAUCCAUUUUCCACAGGUUUUCCAGGUCUAGAAAAGGUUUAGAAUAGGUCUACAUGUAAACUGUGAACAACCAUGAUAAAACCAUUUGUUUGUGAAGCAUAUCUGCCAAUAAUAACAAAGAAAGCAUUUGUUAUCAAAUUUUAGAAAAAAAAAUUAUAUUUACAAACAUAUACCAUUCCAGAUGUUUAUUAUUUUAUGUCAUAUUUUUUGUUAUGUUUUUAUAUUGUUUUUACCUUCUUGAUUUAUUUUAAAAAGCGUGUGCUAAAGCAUUGAAAACCUAGCACUGUCAGUUAAUGGCAUAUUGAAUAAUGGAGGUACUGGUUUUGUUUAAAAUGUUGUUUUCAUAAGUCUUCCUGAUUCCUUUUAAACUCAUUCUUAAUCUGUAAUCUCUAAAUGUUUAUGCUUGAAAACACCAUUGGUUAAACAAAGGAUUUUUUCCAUUUGUUGAUUUCUAUUGUUAACUUUUACAAAAAAAUAAUAAAAGGCAUGAUAUGUAUUUUUUGAAAAAGGUUUAAAUGCAGCAGUAAUGUCAUAUUUAGAUGUGUAAUCUGAAAAAAUCCAUCUGAGACUUUUUAAAGAUUUUUGUUUUGAAUUCCAACAGGGUUUUAUGUUUAUUAUGGUUUCUUGUCUGUGAUACUAUUUCUAUAUUUGUACAUUAUAUUGUUUGUCUCUUUAUGCUUUGUACAUGCAUGCUAAUAUUUCUAGGUGCAUAAUUGUUAUAGAUUUUAUUUGUUUUUGUAUUUCUAUUAAUUAAUAUUUUUGUGCUUGUUGAGUUUUAUAGAAUUUUAAAACAAAUUUAUACAUUAUAUGUAUAAAUCUCCACCGCCCCAGUAUUGACCUGUAAAUCUGAUUGCUGUUAUAGAAUUGUCACUCUAAAUAACAUUGUGUGGAGCUUGUAUACAGUACACCUAAUUAAAUCUUUUCAAUUCUUA